CGAAAUGUUUACUACGCAUUAGCUUGCAGCUUGCUAUACACCUGGUAGAAAAGGUGGUAGAUCACAAAAGGCGUCGUAGUGAAACCAUCAUGGGAUCAGUACUGAAACGAAUUUGGCCAAGUCUCUCGCUGAUUGCCUCCGGUUGGUUAAUGACAAUUAUUAUUUACUAUUUUCUGCAAUCACCUGCUGACUCGAACUCCUCAUCCUUCAUUUCUUCUCGGUGCAGUUCUUCUCCUUGUAAACCGAUCACAAGUGCCAGCAUAACCAUCGAUCGGGAUCUGUUUAAUUACCUGAGUUAUUAUUUAAGAGACGCAACGUAUGGCGGUGUCGAAAAUUACACUCGAUUCAUGACGGCCCAUUUGGGUCUUAAGGAGCUGACUGACGUUGAACCACUUGUGACCGACAUGGGGCCAGUUAUCAACGACGUGACUUCCUUCCAGUAUCCCAUCAGCAUCGCUCCAUGUCGUGAAAAAGUCAACAACAACACAAACGAACGCACCUUGUUUGUGGCCGUCAUCUCGGCCCCAAAUAAUUUUGAAAAGCGCGCCACAAUUCGUUCGACAUGGCCCAGUCAUUUGAAAAAUCAAUCCAACAUCAACAGACAAUUGGACGUCGUGGGAUUUGGUUUCAUUGUCGGACUGACAAAGAACAAAACUGUCCAGCAGAAACUGACCGAGGAAAGUGCGAAACACAACGACAUUUUACAGGUGAACGUGUACGACAAGUACAGGAACUUGUCGUUGAAAGCGACUGGUCUGUUGAAUUGGUUGAAUUCUCGUUGCUCCCAAGUUGACUUUGUUUUGAAAGUGGAUGACGACGUCUACGUGAACGUCCAUAACUUAGCGACGGUUCUUCACUCGCUUUCACCACUUGAUCCUGGUAUUUACGGUCACAAGGCCGGAGGAAGUCAUCCGUCACGGACUGAAGGUAAAAAUCCAUCAAGUUUUGAAAAUUGGCCAUGGUUCCGGAUCCCAAUUUUUUUACAAGGCGCUGGAAUCGUCAUUGCCGGAAGUGCCGUCCGUUCACUGCUAGCAGCCGCGCAAACAACUCCUUAUUUCAUAUGGGACGACGUUUACGUCAUCGGGCUUUGUGCAGCCAAAGCCGGGCUUCACAUCCGGACUUCCGAUCGGUUUUUCGUCGAUCAACCCGAAAACCCAGCCGACCCUUGCUUUGUGCGCAGUGCUGUAAUGUGGACAAUGCGGUCAGCAGAUCACAUGAACUCAUCUCACUUUGUCAGUCACAACUUGUACCGAAAUCCAGCGGCCAUCCAUUGCAUUCUCCGAAAUUACGCGAAGAACAACAGGACUUUUGUGACAUUUUCUGAGAGCGCUGUAAUGGAGCCGGCUAUUCCAUCAGAAUUCCCUUUCGAGUUCAUGAAUACACCUUGACAAAAUCUGAUAUCAUUAAUGUCGAAAAGGCAAAUUCAUUCUUUGGCCAAUGUUCUAAUUUAACUUGUCGUUUCCCUAGUGAUAAUUGAGGUAUGAUGUAAGGCUAUAGGU